UGCUUGGGUUGCUGGGUUGUAAACCACUGACAUUACGGAAAGCUUUUCAUAGACAUAAACAAAUCGAACCACCGCACAAGCCGCCGAAAACAAAAGUUGUGUCUAUUGAAAAUAGUAAAAAAAAUCCAAAAAUUGCAAUGGUCAGUAGUAAAACACAGCUUGCAGAGCUGCAGGAAUAUUUCAAAGGACACAACAAAAGCAGAGAAGCAUCGAAGGCACAUACGGCAAAGGUGCAUUCGGUUGGUUGGAACUGCGAUGGACGUCGCUUGGCUUCCGGCUCGUUCGACAAAACGGUGGCCGUGUUUACGCUUGAUCGCGAUCGUUUGAACAAGGAAAGCACCUACCGCGGCCAUACCGGCUCGGUUGAUCAGCUGUGUUGGCAUGCAUCGAUGCCGGAUUUGCUAAGCACAGCUAGCGGAGAUAAAACCGUACGAAUAUGGGACGUACGGGUGGGAAAAUGUGCCACCUUCAUAAAUACGAAAGGCGAAAAUAUUAACAUAACUUGGUCACCGGAUGGACACACGAUAGCGGUCGGCAAUAAGGAGGAUUUGGUCACGUUCAUCGAUACGCGUACGCACAAGAUCCGUGCCGAGGAACAGUUUAGCUUCGAGGUGAAUGAAAUUGCCUGGAGCAAUGGUAGUGAUUUGUUUUUCCUGACCAACGGACAGGGUUGUGUGCACAUCCUGAACUACCCGAACCUGGAGCUCCAGCAAGUGCUGAAAGCGCACCCUAGCACCUGCAUCUGUAUCGAGUUCGAUCCGACGGGAAAAUAUUUUGCCACUGGUUCUGCCGAUGCACUGGUUUCGCUGUGGGAUGCCGAAGAGUUGGCCUGUUUGAGGGUGUUUUCCAGGCUCGAUUGGCCGGUGCGUACGAUUUCCUUCAGCCACGAUGGUAAACUGUUGGCUUCGGCGAGUGAAGAUUUGAUAAUCGACAUAGGUGACACGGAAACGGGAGAGAAGGUGGCGGACAUUUCGGUCGAUGCGGCCACGUUCACCGUUGCCUGGCACCCGAAGCAAUACAUUUUAGCGUACGCCUGCGACGACAAGGAUACGAACGAUCGGCGAAGGGAUGCCGGUAGUUUGAAAGUGUGGGGAUUUUCAGAGUAAGUUAGUAGUAGAAGUGAGAAAAUAUACACCUGUAUCAUCAUAAACUGCUCGUAGUGAUUAAAUUUGUCGGUAAAGUAAUGUGAGUCACAACCGCUUAUCGAUUUUUGUCCUAUUGUGUUCAUUUGUUUAAUUAAACUAUACCUUAACAGUCAUUAGAAA